CAACAUUGGAAGCCACAAGUGGACAACUAUACCAAGCCCCAACUCAGUAUAAGCCAACGUGUCCAUCGCCCACAGGGAGAGAGACUCUGAGAAGAAGAUAACGAAAAAUCAGAGGGCACACACAGAUAGACACACACAGUCAUCAGCAAUUCUGGUUCAGCAGCCUUAAAUCGGCAAGAAUCCCGAAGAGUUCCCGAAAGGAUGACCGAAACGUGUCCAUCUCUCUCGAUCCGCAAAACCCUCGCUAAAAUCCAUGGUCUUGUUUUUUUCUUUCCGUUAAAGCUCUCCCUCUCUCGUACUCUCUGAACCCCUCAUUUGGUCUUGUUUGGCCUUGAUUUCUUUAACUAUAGCUGUUUGAUUCCUGUUACACCCACUAACCGUCUUUUCUUUCUAGAUUUUUCUUCAUCGUCUUCUUCUUCUUCUUCAGAUCCGUUUUGCAGCUCCGGGGUAUUUUCUGAUCUCAGACACAGGUGUUAAAGAUGAUUGACACCAUCGACUCUUCAGGUUCAAAGAAAUGCUCGACCCACUUCUGCUGACCCACUUCAGGUCCCAAAUCUGGUUACGGAAGAGAACAAAAACGAACACCCAUUAAACCUUUAUCUGAAUUGACCCACAAAAGCUUUCCUUUCUUAAGUUGUGCAAUUUCCGAUAGGAGUAGGUGAAAUAGAGGAUUUUUUUUCUUUUUGAGUUGGGUUGUUACCGAAUUUGGUUGACGUAGAAACUACUUUUGAUUGGUUUCAAGCCUUUAUUUCAGUAGAACUCUAUCUGGUUCAGUGUAGACAAGCUGGAUAAGAUGAGUUUGGGUGCGGCAGAGGAUGAUUCCGCAUCGGAGAUACACAUUCCGGCGGAUAUAGACUGGCACAUGCUUGAUAAAUCCAAGUUCUUCAUCCUCGGGGCCGCUUUAUUUUCCGGUGUAUCGACGGUUCUUUACCCUGCUGUGGUCUUGAAGACUCGGCAACAGGUCUCACCUAUACCGAUUUCCUCCCUCAAAAUGUCUUUCUCCGUUAUGCGUCAUGAAGGUGUGAGAGGUUUCUACAGAGGUUUUGGUACCUCUUUAAUGGGUACAAUCCCAGCUCGUGCACUUUACUUGGGAGCACUAGAGGUAACCAAGAGUGGCGUUGGUUCAGCAACUAUUAGGUUUGGUUUUUCAGAUACUACAGCUGUGGCUAUAGCCAACGCUGCAGCUGGGUUGAGCUCAGCAAUGGCUGCCCAGUUAGUUUGGACCCCAAUUGAUGUUGUGAGCCAAAGACUGAUGGUUCAAGGUUGCUGUAAGAAUUUGCUUCCCAAUGUGAAUUGCAGAUAUAGCAAUGGCAUCGACGCCUUUCGAAAAAUUCUGUAUUCAGAUGGUCCUAGAGGAUUGUAUAGGGGAUUUGGGAUUUCAAUGGUGGCUCAUGCACCAUGUAAUGCGGUCUGGUGGACAUCUUAUUCAAUGGCGAAUCGGUUCAUUUCAGAGGGUAUUGGAUGCUACACGACCAAGAGAGAUGAGGUUGGGGUUCUUCCUGGGUGCGGGGUUAGGCCUAUUUCAAUGUCCAUGUUGGGAGUGCAAGGAGUCAGUGCAGCCAUAGCUAGUGGCAUUUCUGCGUUAGUAACGAUGCCUCUCGACACAAUUAAGACUAGAUUGCAGGUUUUGGAUGGUGAAGAGAAUGGGAGAAGAAAGCCAUUGACAAUUAUGCAAACAGUGAGGAAUUUGGUGAAGGAAGGUGGAUUCAGUGCUUGUUACAGGGGAUUGGGGCCAAGGUGGGCUUCAAUGUCUUUUUCUGCAACAACAAUGGUGACUACUUAUGAGUUUUUGAAACUAAUUUCUGCUAAGAACCAAGAAUGUUUGACAUCAUGACCGACUCCAGUGAGUCUUGCCAGUGGCAUAAGAAUACAGAGGGAAGGGAACUACUACUUGUACCAAAGCCUGAAAUCCUCUUAAUGUAAAUUCUCACACUUUUUAUUUUCUCUGUGUUAAUCAUGGUGUGAUGAUCAUAUCAAAAUCAAUGUAAAUUGCAGAAGAAAAGCAAGGAAGGUUUUUUUGCUCCUUUCCUGCCAUGGUUAUGCUCACAAUCUGGAGUGGUUACACAAGUCUUAGGCACUUCCAUCUAUAUUUAUUUUUAUUUUGUAGAUAUCAUAGUUUAUUUGAUAAGAUCCAUCACUUCUUGUAUGGUAUGGAUGCUGGGGGCCAUGAAAGGUUAGUUGCAUAAUUAAGGUAGUAUAUCUUGUGUAAUUUGGUAGUUUCAAUAAUUGAGAAUCCAUACUUGGAAUUGCAGGUGAUAAUGACAGAGGUUUACUGUUUGAAUCCAUAUGCAGGUAGGUUAGGUAAGGUGAGGUGGGGUGAGCCCAUACAUUUUGUUCAUACUCUGGAAACUAAAUUAAUGCCUGAAUAAUUUGUUAAUAGUA